AGAGGAGUAAUAUAAACACUCCCCUGGCGGGGUCCAGAAGGGGCAGGAGCCACCUCCCAGAGCAGGCGGCCGCUGAGCAGUGCCAGUGUGCAGGGCCGCAGUCCCCCGAGAAGAUGGGCCUGGUGACGGAGCACGGGGGCCUCUAUUCGCGGGCUGGGGUCAGCCCCAGGGGCUGCUGGUACUACCUGCGCUACUUUUUCCUCUUCGUCUCACUCAUCCAGCUCCUCAUCAUCCUGGGCCUCGUACUUUUCAUGGUAUACGGCAACGUGCACGUGGGCACCGAGUCCAACCUGCAGGCCACGGAGCGCCGGGCCGACGGCCUGUAUGGCCAGGUCAUGGGGCUCCUGGCCAGCCAGGCCAACCUGUCCAAGGAGCUCAACAUCACUGCCCGAACCAAGGAGUCCCUCAUGCAGAUGCUUCUGAACACCCGCCGAGAACAGGACCGAAUCAACGCCAGCUUCCGCCAGUGCCAGGCUGACCUGGUGGUCUACAUGAACAACCAGCGGUACAUGGCUGCCAUCAUCUUGAGCGAGAAGCAAUGCCAAGAACAACUCAAGGAGACUAACAAGAGCUGUAAUGCCUUGCUCCUCAUGCUGAACCAGAAGGUCAAGGCGCUAGAGGCAGAUCUGACGAAGGAGAAAGAGCUGUGCAGCAAAGACAAGGAUGGGCUGGUGCUGAGCAGGCGUGUGGUGGAGGAGCAGCUAGCUGAGUGUGGUAAGGCCCGGGAGCAGCAGCGGCAGGAGCGGCAGCUGGCCGAGAAUCGGCUGCUGAAGGUGCAGACCCUCUGCCUCCCGCUGGACAAGGACAAGUUUGAGAUGGAGCUGCGGAACAUCUGGAGGGAUUCCAUUAUCCCUCGCACCCUCGACUCCCUAGGCUACAACCUGUACCACCCCCUCAGCUCAGAUCUGGCCUCCAUCCGGAGAACCUGUGACCACAUGCCCACCCUCAUGACCACGAAGGUGGAGGAGCUGGCCCACAGCCUGCGGGCUGGCAUUGAGCGUGUGGCCCGUGAGAACUCAGACCUCCAGCGCCAGAAACUGGAGGCCGAGCAGGGCCUGCGGACCCUUCAGGAGGCCAAGGAGAAGGUAGAGAAGGAGGUCCAGGCUCGGGAGGCCAAGCUCCAGACCGAGUGUGCCCGGCAGACCCAGCUAGCGCUGGAGGAGAAGGCGGCAAUUCGAAAGGAGCGAGAUAGCCUGUCCAAGGAGCUGGAGGAGACAAAGCGACAGGUCGAGCAGCUCAAGAUGCAGCUGGCUGUCAGCAAUACAGCCCUGGACACCUGCAUCAGAGCCAAGUCACAGCCAAUACCUAUGCCGAGGCCUGUGGGCCCUGCCCCCAAACCACAGCCCAUCGACCCAGCUAGCCUGGAGGAGUUCAAGAGAAGGAUCUUGGAGUCCCAGCGGCUCACUGCAGGCAACAUCCCACCCCCAUCCAGUGGCUGAGGAAGCUCCAGGCCCCAAGGACUGAGGGGUGGCCCCAGCUCGCCAGUCUGCAGAUACCCACAGCCAGACGACCUCUCAAGCACACACCAAAGUGGGCACCCUUGGCCUGCACCGCACACCCGUCCUCCCUCCCACCCCUCCCACACCUCCUAACACUCUUUCACGGGCCCACACCCGCACCACACAAUCCUUCUCCCAUGGGUGCCUUGACAACAUCACGGAUACGGUGACGAUGUCAUACACCGACAAGGUGAAGGCACAAAGACACUACAGUGGUGUCAUACAGACACAACGACAAUGUCCCGUGCACUUUCUGCCCAACCUUCACCCAAAGUCACAUCCCUCCGUGCACGCAGGCCAAGGCACCCACGGCAUCCCACCCACCUGUACACCCUUGUGCCUGCCACCCCCCUCCCCCAUCUGCUUCCUUAUCUCCCAGGCUUCUCUCACCCCCAGCGCAUCAGGCCUGGAAAAGGGACAACAGGAAAAUAAUUCACCUCCAUUCCCGCCAGGGAGUUUGCAGGCACCCCUGCCUGGGAGCACGUGAUCCACGGGCAAAUGCAGCCCACUGACCCCCCUCCUAGUGCUCAUAGUCCCGCAUAGCUAAGCCUGCCUGUGGCCCAUAUAAAUGCUAGUGGCACCAAAUAAAUGUUAUAGAAGACUUUCAAA